AUGCCAACAGUAUUCUUCAUCGGGGCGACCGGCCACAUCGGUGGUGCGAUCUUGCACCUGUUAACCAGCAAAGACAAGUUCACAAAGGAUCUGCAAAUCCGAGCUCUAGUCCGGGACUCGGACAAGGCUACCCGCCUCCAGGACAAGUUUCCCAAAGUGAAGAACCUCGAAUGCGUGGUCGGCGACCUGAAGACGCUCGACGUCCUUGAGCGCGAAGCUGAGGCGGCAGACAUUGUAAUCAACACGGCUCCUGACAUCACCCACGACGAUGGCAUCAACGCUGUCCUGGACGGCCUCUCGGCGGGGCCUUCCAAGGCUUACUACAUCCACACCGCCGGUGCGUCUCUGAUCUGGGACGAGCCGACGGGCAACCCAGAGGCCCGGGAGUGGGACGACAUUGCCGACCUCGAGGACAUCAAGAAGCUCGACGUGGCGCACACGCACAGCCAGACCGACCGGCAGGUCCGUGCCGCCCACGCGCCGGGCAAGCUGCACGUCGCCAUUGUCAGCCCCGUCAUGGUCGGCGGGAUGAGCCCCUUCUCGUCGGAGCACCCGAUCGCCGAGGGGAAGAACCAGUUUGGCUGGGUGCAUGUGGACGACCUCGCGCGCAUAUACGAAGGCCUGGUCGCCGACGCCCUGGGCUCCUUGGCCGCCGCCGCAGCCGGGGACCCGAGUGAUGUUACUAGUGCCGAUGCUACCUUAUGGGGCCCAGACGCAUACUACUUUGGCUCGGCCAAGAACUAUAUCUUCCACGAGUGGAUGCAGGGGAUCGUCCCGGCCCUGCAAAUGACCCAGCUGAUAAAGACCUCGGAUAUCAAGUCUGUCAAUGUCCACGAGGCCGCGCGCAAGGCUCUGUAUGGGGGCACGAGCCAAGAGUACGACGAGAACGCGCCGCCUCCACCCGAGGACUCGUGGGCCAUGCACAUUGCCAUCAUGUACGCAAUCAACAUGCGGGUGCGGCCGUCGCGGGCGGCCAAGUUGCUGGACUGGAAGCCCGAGAAGGACGUCAUGGCAGACUGGGAGCACAUCUUUCAAACGUUUCUGAAGCGCGAGGCUGCCGAGGCCGCAGCAGUAGCAGCAGCGGCGAAGGCCUAG